AUGGAACCCGCGGCGCCGGUGGGCCCGGCCAGGGCGGCAGCCAUCAAGCUGUCGGAGGCGAUGGGCGCCGUGCUGCAGGAUCCCCGGCGGCAGCGGCGCCUGGUGCUGGUCAUCGUGUGCAUAGCGCUGUUCCUGGACAACAUGCUGUACAUGGUCAUCGUGCCCAUCGUGCCCGACUACAUUGCCCACAUGCAGAAGGCCGGCAGGAACACCCCGAGCACCGAAGCAUCCACCCUGCAGCCGUCCACUCCAGCCAAUGGCGGUGCCAACAUGGGCAACACUUCAGAGUCCCCGAAGGCAGAGACAGAGAGUGAGGACGUGAAGAUCGGGGUGCUGUUUGCCUCUAAAGCCAUCCUGCAGCUGCUGGUGAACCCCCUGAGCGGGCCCUUUAUUGACCGCAUGAGCUACGACGUGCCGCUGCUUAUCGGCCUGGGCGUCUUGUUCGCCUCCACCUUGCUGUUCGCGUUCGCGGAAGACUACGCUACGCUCUUCGCUGCGCGCAGCCUGCAGGGCCUGGGCUCGGCCUUUGCGGACACGUCUGGCAUUGCCAUGAUCGCCGACAAGUAUCCGGAGGAGCCGGAGCGCAGCCGCGCGUUGGGCGUGGCGCUGGCCUUUAUCAGCUUUGGAAGUCUGGUGGCGCCACCCUUCGGGGGCUUCCUCUACGAGUUCGCGGGCAAGCACGUGCCCUUUCUGGUGCUCGCCGCUGUUUCGCUGUUCGACGCGCUGUUGCUGCUGGUGGUAGCCAAGCCCUUCUCAGCUGCGACGCGGGCGCGGGCCAACCUGCCGGUGGGCACACCCAUCCACCGCCUCAUGCUGGACCCUUACAUCGCCGUGGUGGCCGGGGCGCUGACCACCUGUAAUAUCCCCCUCGCCUUCCUCGAGCCUACCAUCGCCACGUGGAUGGAGCACACGAUGGCGGCGUCUGAAUGGGAGACGGGCAUGGCCUGGCUGCCUGCCUUUGUGCCGCAUGUGCUAGGCGUCUACCUCACCGUGCGCCUGGCGGCGCGCUACCCACACCUCCAGUGGCUGUACGGAGCCCUCGGGCUGGCAGUGAUCGGAGCCAGCUCCUGCGUGGUGCCUGCCUGCCGCUCCUUCGCACCACUAGUGGUCUCGCUCUGCGGUCUCUGCUUUGGCAUUGCGCUAGUUGACACGGCACUGCUGCCCACGCUCGCCUUUCUCGUGGACGUGCGCCACGUCUCCGUCUACGGCAGCGUCUAUGCUAUCGCCGACAUCUCCUAUUCCGUGGCCUAUGCGCUCGGGCCCAUAGUGGCGGGCCACAUAGUGCACUCGCUCGGUUUUGCGCAACUUAGUCUUGGCAUGGGCCUGGCCAACCUGCUCUACGCGCCCGUCCUACUGCUGCUGCGCAACGUGGGCCUCCUGAGGCGCUCCCGCUCCGAACGCGAUGUGCUCCUGGAUGAGCCACCCCAGGGUCUGUAUGAUGCUGUGCGCCUACGUGAGCGCCCGGUGUCUGACCCCGACGGCGCAAAUCGAAGCCCCUCGGGCCCCUUUGACGAGUGCGAGGACGUCUACAACAAUUACUACACCCGCAGCUAG